CAGGAUCAAGAUCAGAAGGAGCAGGAGGAGUAGGAGAAGGAGCGGUUCCACAGCUGCCCCGAAAGGCGUGGAGGAGCGCUGGGUGGUGCUGAGGACGGAGCUCUUCGCGGGUGAGCGCGGCGGUCUGUCCGGUCCCGCCGAGUGGAAGCUGGUGGUGCCAGUCGUGGCCGGCAGGCCACAUGGCAAGGCCCUCAAACAGCUCCCCGACGAGAUCUACAGCUCCCUGCGCGGCUGCGGCUUCCUGCGGGGGGAGGCGCAGGGGCCGAGCGAAGCGAAGCUGCGGGCGCUCCGGAGCAUGCCGGACGAAGUCGCCUCGGGCUGGCAGCCCUUCCGCGGGCGGGUGCCCAGGCUUUCCGGCGUCGAGCGGGGCCUGGUCCCGGAGCGGCACAGGGUGCGGGACUUCCCCAGGCCUCCCGCGGAGCAGCCCCGCGAGGUGCGGUGCCGCCGCGUCAGCUACCGGCUGGCAGCGGGCGGCUGCGGCAUCGAGGUGCGGGUGGAGGUCAACGUCGCCGCUGCGUUUGCCUUCAUGGCGUCCUUCCUGCGGUUCCCGUGCGACGGCCUGGAGGCGGACUGGCGAGUCACGGACGGGGAGCCGCGGGAUCUGGAGCGCCUGGCCGCGCCGAAGGCGUUCCAGCUGCUCGACAACUCCGCCGACCCCGCUCACCCCCAGCCGCCGAGCUUCAAGUGCGACCUCUGGCCACGGCAGCGGCGGUCGUUGCACUGGAUGGUGCAGCAGGAGGUGGAGGGCGUCAGGUUCACGCUGGACUCCAGGUGCUUCUGGUGGCGCCACGGGCCCGCCGCCGCAGCCCCCAAGAGCGCCGCGCUGGAGUGGUCCUUGGACUGCCGGCUGGUCUCGAGCGUCCAGGUGUGGGGCGGGGUCCUCGGCGACGCUAUCGGGUACGGCAAGACCUCUAUAGCGCUCGGGCUGCUGGACGUGCGCAGGGAGGGUGGCGCGCCACCCCUUCCGGAGGAGGACGAGGGAUUCUUCUUCCCGUCGGCCGCCACUCUGAUCUGCGUCCCUUCCAACCUCCACCAGCAGUGGGUAGACGAGUUCGCCAAGUUUACCGGCAGGCGCUUCCGCAUCGUGUCCCUGAAGACGGGCGCCGACAUGAAGCGGGCGACCGCGCUCCAGCUGGCCAGCGCCGACGUCGUCCUGUGCAACUACCAGCUUCUGCGGGGGAAGCCCUACGAGAGCCGGAGGAGCGAGCUGACAAAGCUGGGCUGCCCGCAGGCAUCGGAGCUGUCCGAUUACGAGCGCGUCUUCGGGGUCCGGCUCGCGAAGCACAAGCUCGAGGACCUCCCGCUGGACGACCUGCGCCGUGGCACGUGGGGGUUCAUCAGGUGCCCCGAGGCCCACCCCUGGGCGGUCUUCGCCAAGGGGAAGCCGGAGAAGCACGCGCCGGCCUGGCAGCAGCUCGCCUUCCCCGUGCUAGAGCAGUUCUACUGGCGGAGGAUGAUCAUGGACGAGUUCCACGAGCUCGAAGCGCUGCAGCCCGACCAGCGGGCGUCGCUGCAGUUCAUGCGCGCCCACCACCGGUGGGGCCUGACGGGGACGCCCAUGCUGGACGCGGCGAGGCACGUCGUCGCGAUGGCCGCGCUCCUGCGCGUGGACCUCGCGGGCCCCAUUCGGGAGAGGGCGCUCUACCUCGACGCGGCCCGCGCCGCCAGCUUCGACAGCUUCCAGCUCGACGGGCUCGGCGUGAACGCCGCGGCGGCGGACCUGCAGCGCAACCAGCGCCUCCUCAUCCUCUGCUCCCACUUCAGCGCCGAGGCGCUGAGCAGCGGGGACGCGAGCGAGGAGUGCGACCGCGUCCUGGAGAUGAAGCAGCUUGCGGUGACGCAGGCGAAGGAGGCGCUGCAGGAGGCGAUGCUCUCCCUCGAGGCCUUCCGCGCCCUGCGGAUGCCCUGCGCGGCCUCCGUGAGCCAGUUCUUCGAGGAGACGGCGAGCUCGUCCGAGGAGCGGCUCGCAGCGGUCCGGGAGUUCGUCCAGCACGUGAGGGGCGAGGCACGCGGCCAGAGCGCCGAGGGGCUCCUGUCCGGCCUCAAGGGCGGGCAGGGCUGGAAGAGCACCCUGCGCCGCGCGGUGCGGGAGGGCUUCGACCCCGCGGCGGCGCCCGCGUCGCCGGUGCCGGAGGCGGCUCCCGGGGGCCGCAGGGCGCCGAGGCUGACGCGCAGGGCCAUGGAGCGGAGCCUCGCCGCCUGCGAGGAGGCCGCGGUGCAGCUGGUGGAGCGGCUGCGGACGGCGGUGGAGCAGCAGAUGUUCCUGCAGCGGACGCUGGCGCUGCUCUCGGACGACUCCGACGUCAAGAGCAGGUCCUGCAGCAUCUGCUACGACGAGGGGCUGAAGCUGGAGGAGCUCGGCAUCACCCCCUGCGCUCACGUGUUCUGCCUCAACUGCCUGCGGGAGCAGAUCACGAGGCUGGGCAAGUGCGGCAUAUGCAGGCAUGAGCUGAAGCCCGAAGAUGCCAGGCCGCUUCGACGCGAGAUUCAGGACCAAGCCAGCGAGAAGGAGGCCCCUGACGGCAUCUUCCUGCAGAGAGGGGAGUUGCGAAAGUAUGGCACCAAGCUCGGGCACAUUGCGUGGAAAUUGCAGCAGAUCAAGGAGCAGGACUCUUCGGCCAAGUGUAUCGUCUUCUGUCAGUGGAGCUCCUUGCUGCAGAAGAUUGCCGCGGCGUUUGUCGACUUCGAGAUCCGGCACGCGUUGCUCCGAGGGACCGUCUCCGAGCGGAGCAGGACUCUGAAAAAAUUCAGGCAGGCGGAUUCCAGCAUCGACGUGCUGCUGCUGUCGCUGGAGGACAGUGCCAGCGGCACGAAUCUCACGUGUGCCAACCAUGUUUUGCUGGUCCACCCGAUGAACGCAAAGACGCAGGAGCAAGCGGUCUCGUUCGAGCUGCAGGCGAUCGGGCGCGUCCGGCGCUGGGGCCAGCGCAGGAGUGAGGUCCACGUCUGGCGCUUCUGCACGCUCGGCACCGUGGAGGAGGACCUGACCAGGCUGCACCAGCGGGACAUCUUCGCCCGCGAGUCCGAGCGCCAGGAAGCCGCUGCGACCUCUGCCCAGCCGCAGCCUCCCUCCCCGCAGCCCGUGCCGCCGCGGUCGCGGUCGCUGGACGAGGGCGGCUCGGAGGCCGCGCCCACGCCGCCUGCGGCGCAGGCGUGGAGCUGCCCGCGGUGCACGCUGGUCAACGUGCCGGCCGCCGGGCUCUGCGACGCGUGCGAGCUGCCCCGGCCCGGCGGCGCGUGCGGGGCCGGCGGGGCUGCGGUGGCACCUGCGCCUGCUCCGGCAGGGCCCCGCGGAGAGGAGCAGCGCCUCUUCUCGAGGCCGCUGAGACUGGCCGGCCGGAGCACGAUGGAGAUCAGCUCCUCGUCCGGCUCGUCGCAGUCCUCCUCGUCGUCCGGGUCCGGCGCCUCGUCGCCGUCCCCGAGGAGGAGCCCUGCCGCUGGUUCCCGGCCGCCGCAGCCGGCUCUUCGGGCAACGGCGCUGCUGGAGGCGCCGGGGGCAGUGGCCCCGGCGGGCGGCCGCGUGCCGCCGGGCCGCCGCCAGAGCGGCAGCCCGAGCGGCGGCGGCGGAGGCUCGAGCAGAGCGG